UAGAACCAGUUUUUUGGCAAAACCGAUUUGAUUUUUUUGGUGUAACGAACAAAAAAUAACCGUGUACAAUCCGUGUAGGACCUACACUGUAGGUACAUGAAAUACUCGUCAAAUGUUUGGAUUUGCUUUUUCAAAAUUUUCAAAAUAUUUUGACGCUUUUUGAACUACUUAUAUUUUAUAGGCAUGACAACAUUUUGAAUUCAUCAGUUUUUUUUAUUAAGUUUGAUUGAAGAAAAAACAUUUUGUUCAGUCAAAAAUCCUAAAACGAUAGGCUGAUUUCACAUUACGCGUUUUAAAUUUGAAUAUUUUACUCCAUUACUUGUCUUCCAUCUAUAAUAAUUUUAUUUUUCUUCAUGGCUACCUACAUAAUAUUUCUAUUAUCAGCUAUGUAUAGACCUGUGGCAGUGCACAAUGUACAUCGUACGAUGAAAAUAUUAUAAUCCAAUAUUAUUUCAAUACCAAUUUCUAAAAAUACACAGCAAUACGUCUUUAGUGUGGAUGUCAAAUGCACAGGGAAACCCAAGCGUGUCCCUCUAUCACCAGCCCCCCACCCCCCACACACGACGCAUCAAAAAUCCACCAGGUUGCUGCUAUGCACCGCUUUGGACUAGGUAUCGUCUAUUUGUAUCUUCUUGACUUCAACCGCCAAGACUCUUUAGACCAAAUUGCCGUCGAUGAACGAAACCGCUGUCCCUGCCAUUUUUGUUUCUCGAGUCUCAGCGUUCCAAGGCCUGAUCGAUUCUGAAGAAAAACUUUUUUUUUCGCCGUUGACGCUCUGUCUCACGUCUACGACAGGAUUGAGAUCGCGACUCCUACGGCGGUGUCGUCAAAGUCGCGUUUUUACGGUAACCAUAGAUCCUGGCCGUACGCUCUCUGACAUUCCAGUUGAUACCGUGACGACACCUGCUUGUCUGACGGGACCGUGAAGUGGCCGUCAUGGCAACAUCGCUAAAACUCGAGAGAUGUCUACCGUCUACUUCGUCCGCGUCUGUCGUGGUGUUGCCCGACCACUACGUCGAGAACGAUCCAAUCAUACAAACGAUUCUUGAGUUCAAGGCAUCAGAAUGCAAAUUGCCCAGGCACGAAAAACUGUUGAAGCUAUCCAGUAAAUCCUCCUGUCAGGAUUCAAAUUGCCAUUGUAGUGGAUGGCGAGGUAGGCGCGAUAAUCGUUUGAUGUCUUCAACUUGUACAAAAUCUGAUUGUAAUCAUCCUCUAUAUUCUCAUGUAUCACAUUUAGAGAGUGCCAAGGAAGAACAGUUGAAUACCUUACUAGGAUUAGUAUUUGAUCUCGAUAAUUUAGCAGUUACUGUAAAUAAAGAUUUAAAAAAACCAAAUAUUGAGAGAAAUUAUGUAGAAGAAGACACAUAUAGUGCAGUUUAUCAUGAAUUACGAAAUUUUGUAUAUCCCGGAUCUUGUAUUACACUUGAAAAAUUAUUUGGAACUCCACCAUUUGAAAAUCCAAAUAUAGUUAAAGUUUUAAUGAACUUUAAUAUGCUUAAGUUUGGUCAUGACAGCUCUCAACUAAAAAUUGCUUUAAAAAUCAGUACAUUUGUAACAAAGUAUUUUGAUCUCUGGAAAUUGACUUCUCCUAAGGAAUUGCCAAAUUGUAAAACAUUUCAAUAUAGGAAAAAUUAUGAAUUCUAUUAUCAAAGAUAUUUAGUAUUUUGUCUACUACCCAAAUAUCUUCAUUCGAUUGCACCAAGUUAUAAAAUGAGUUUGAUAUUUGGUCAAGACAUUCUUAUGUACACAUUAAAAUCAUUUAGAAUGUAUUUAACAGACUGGUGUCAUGCAUCAGCUUCAAAAUGGUCAAAUCAUCAAAAACACUUUUACAUGAGCUAUUUACCCAAAUACAUGAAUUUAUUAGAAGAAGAAGUGUAUGCUGUUCAUUCUCCAAUAUGGGAUUUGCAUUUUAAAAAUUCUGGUCUACAAAAAAUUAUUCUAACUAGUAAACAAAAUAAUUCUUCAAUAUAUUCCUUGGACUCAAAGCUAGAUGAAACCAACGAAGCAGAACAUAGAGAUGGUAAAAAAAAAGAUAAACAUCUGAAUGAAGAUAUGUCAAUGAAACUAAAUGAAAAACAGAGUAUUGAAGAUAUUUUAUUAGAAGAAAAAAUGAUAGACAUUCUGAAAAAUGUUCAAAGUGAGCCUAUCACUUACUCUAAGGAGUUUGGAUUAGAAACUGGACCUAGAGGACAUCAAGCUCGAACAGAAGAAGAGCAUGGAAGUAUACGCUUUGUUGUUAUAGGUAAUUCAAUAAACUCCAAAGUCGAAAAAAGUACUAUGUUGUGGCUUAUGCUACUAAGAAAUUUGUUUCGAAUUCAAUUGCCAAGAAUGCCCGUUAGGUACAUCACUCGAUUAGUAUUUGAUACGAAACACAAGACAUUAGCUUUGUUGAAAGAUGGCGUUCCAAUUGGUGGUAUAUGUUUUUGUCCAUUUCUCCCUCAAGGUUUCACAGAAAUAGUGUUCUGUGCUGUCAAAGUUGAUCAACAAGAAAAUGGAUAUGGAACACAACUAUUGAAUCAUUUAAAGGAUUAUCAUAUUCAGCAUAAUAUACUUAAUUUUCUUACUUAUGCCGAUAAGCUAGCAAUUGAAUAUUUUAAGAAACAAGGGUUUAGCCAAGAUGUGAAAAUAUCGAAGAAAAUACAUCUAGAAUAUAUUAAACAUUAUCAGGAUGCAAUAUUCAUGCAUUGUGAACUAAACCCAAAAAUUAUUUAUACUCAAUUAACACCAGUGAUACGUAUACAAAAAGAAAUAGUUAAGAGUUUGGUGGAAGAAAAACACAUGCAAAUGGAAAGGCAUUACCCAGGCCUAACUUGUUUCUCAGAUGGUGUACGCAUAAUCCCAAUUGAAUCAAUACCCGGCGUCAUGGAUACUGGUUGGACCCCAUCAACUCGAGCUACAAGAAAUAGUCGUGUCACUGAAGAAUCUACUGAUAUUGUUGCUUUAACUAAACACCUAACAAAAGUUUUGAAAUUUGUAAAAAACAAUGCAUUGUCUGAACCAUUUUUGAUUCCAGUUGAUAAAAAAGUUCCUGGUUACUAUGAGCUAAUAAAGUAUCCUAUGGACUUGAGUACAAUUAGUAAACGUUUGGCUUCAGGCUACUAUGUGAGUAGAAAGUUGUUUACUGCAGAUAUGAAACGAAUGUUUAGCAAUUGUAAAACAUUUAAUCCAGAAGAUUCAUACUGGGCAAACUGUGCAGUUGAAUUGGAAAAACUUUUCCAGAUUAAAAUGAAAGAAAUGGAACUCUGGGAUUACUAUGUUUAGUUUUUUUUAUACAUUUUUGAAUGACAAAUAUUAGUAAUUUUAAAACUUCUAUAGAAGAUUAU